UUUAGUCUGUAGCACGCAGCUCCCCAGGAAGUCUGCCAGGCUGGCCUGCAAGUGUGUAGUUCACAGCGACCCGGGAGCACGCUCUACACGGAAACCUCUGCCUGUCUCAGCUGAAGCCAGCAUUGGGGAAGAUGUUUGCGGUACAUUUGAUGGCGUUUUACUUCACCAAGCUGAAGGAGGAUCAGAUCAAGAAGGUGGACAGAUUCCUGUAUCACAUGCGGCUUUCUGAUGAGACCCUGUUGGAUAUUAUGGCACGCUUCCGGGUUGAGAUGGAGAAGGGCCUGGCAAAGGACACCAACCCCACUGCCUCAGUGAAGAUGCUUCCCACCUUUGUCAGGGCCAUUCCGGAUGGCUCAGAAAAUGGGGAAUUCCUCGCUCUGGAUCUUGGAGGCUCCAAGUUUCGUGUCUUGAAGGUGCAAGUGUCUGCAGAGGGGAAGCGAAAUGUCCAAAUGGAGAGUCAGUUCUACCCCACGCCCAAUGAGAUCACCCGUGGGAAUGGCUCAGAGCUGUUUGAGUACGUAGCUGACUGUCUGGCAGAUUUCAUGAAGACUAAAGACUUGAUGCAUAAGAAGUUGCCCCUUGGCUUCACCUUUUCUUUUCCCUGCAGGCAGACUAAGCUGGAAGAGGGCGUGCUGCUUUCAUGGACCAAGAAGUUCAAGGCACGUGGUGUUCAGGACACGGAUGUCGUGAGCCGCUUGACCCAAGCCGUGAAGAAGCACAAGGACAUGGACGUGGACAUCCUGGCCUUGGUCAAUGACACUGUGGGGACCAUGAUGACUUGUGCCUAUGAUGAUCCCUACUGUGAGGUUGGAGUUAUCAUUGGUACUGGCACCAACGCCUGCUACAUGGAGGACAUGAGCAACAUCGACCUGGUGGAGGGCGACGAGGGGAGGAUGUGCAUCAACACAGAGUGGGGGGCCUUUGGGGACGACGGGGUGCUCGAGGACAUCCGCACCGAGUUUGAUAGAGAGCUGGACCUUGGCUCACUGAACCCAGGGAAGCAACUGUUUGAAAAGAUGAUCAGUGGCCUGUACCUGGGGGAGCUCGUCAGGCUCAUCCUGCUGAAGAUGGCGAAGGCCGGCCUCCUGUUCGGUGGUCAGAAGUCCUCUGCUCUCCACACCAAGGGCAAGAUUGAAACACAGCAUGUGGCUGCCAUGGAGAGGUAUAAGGAAGGCCUGGCGAACACCAGAGAGAUCCUGGUGGAUCUAGGUCUGGAGCCCUCUGAGGCUGACUGCAUUGCUGUCCAACACGUCUGCACCAUUGUUUCCUUCCGCUCGGCCAACCUCUGUGCGGCCGCCCUGGCAGCCAUCCUGACACGGCUCCGGGAGAACAAGAGGCUGAUGCGGCUGCGCACGACAGUGGGCAUGGAUGGCACGCUCUACAAGAUCCACCCUCAGUACCCUAAACGCCUGCACAAGGUGGUGAGGAAACUGGUUCCUAACUGUGAUGUCCGCUUCCUCCUGUCGGAGAGUGGCAGCACCAAGGGGGCUGCCAUGGUGACUGCCGUGGCCUCCCGCGUUCAGGCCCAGCGCAAGCAGAUUGAUGAGGUGCUGGCUCUGUUCCAGCUGACCCAUGAGCAGCUCAGGAGUGUGAAGGACAGGAUGCGGGCUGAACUAGAGUUCGGGCUGAAGAAGAAGACACACCCACUCGCCACGGUCAAGAUGCUGCCCACCUACGUCUGUGGGAUGCCUGAUGGCACAGAGAAAGGGAAGUUCCUCGCCCUGGAUCUGGGGGGCACCAACUUCCGGGUCCUUCUGGUGAAGAUCAGAAGUGGACGGAAGUCGGUGCGGAUGUACAACAAGAUCUUCGCCAUCCCCCUGGAGAUUAUGCAGGGUACCGGCGAGGAGCUGUUUGACCACAUUGUGCAGUGCAUUGCUGAUUUCCUGGAGUACAUGGGCCUCAAGGGGGCUCGGCUGCCUUUGGGCUUCACGUUCUCAUUCCCCUGCAGGCAGACAAGCAUUGACAAGGGGACACUAAUAGGAUGGACCAAAGGCUUUAAGGCCACCGACUGCGAAGGGGAGGAUGUGGUGGACUUGCUCAGGGAAGCCAUCAAGAGGAGAAAUGAGUUUGACUUGGACAUAGUUGCAGUGGUCAACGACACUGUGGGAACCAUGAUGACCUGUGCUUAUGAAGAUCCCAAUUGUGAGAUUGGCCUGAUUGCAGGAACAGGCAGCAACAUGUGCUACAUGGAGGAGAUGCGGAACAUUGAGCUGGUGGACGGGGAUGAGGGGAAGAUGUGCAUCAACACAGAAUGGGGAGGGUUUGGCGAUAACGGCUGCAUGGACGACAUCAGGACCCAGUAUGACAAGGAGGUGGAUGAGGGCUCCUUGAAUCCUGGCAAGCAGAGGUAUGAGAAGAUGACGAGUGGGAUGUACCUGGGCGAGAUUGUGCGGCAGAUGCUGAUCGCCCUCACCAAGCAGGGCCUCCUCUUCCGAGGGCAGAUCUCAGAGCGGCUCCGCACCAGGGGCAUCUUCGAGACCAAGUUCCUGUCCCAGAUCGAAAGUGACCGCCUGGCCCUCCUUCAGGUGCGGAGGAUCCUGCAGCAGCUGGGCCUGGACAGCACAUGUGAGGACAGCAUCAUAGUCAAGGAGGUGUGUGGAGUUGUGUCCCGUCGUGCAGCCCAGCUCUGUGGUGCUGGCAUGGCUGCUGUCGUGGAGAAAAGGCGGGAAGACCAGGGGCUGGAACACCUGCGGAUCACCGUGGGUGUAGACGGCACCCUGUACAAGCUGCACCCACACUUUUCUCGGAUACUGCAGGAGACUGUGCAGGAGCUAGCCCCGCGCUGCGAGGUGACUUUCAUGCUGUCAGAAGAUGGCAGUGGAAAGGGAGCAGCUCUCAUCACCGCUGUGGCCAAGAGACUGCAGCUGCCACGGAGAGAGAACUAGGAGCCCCAGGCACUGUGCAUCCCAACAGGCCUUUCAUCUGGGAAGAGUCGCUCCAGGACCAGCAGGCAGACUCCUGGCUGACCUCACCCUGUGGAUGGCUGAGAGAGCCCCA